AAGAAGUGUACUAUUACUUUAUUUAAAAUUUUGAAAUGUCGUCAUUUACAUGUUUUUCGGUGCCACAUCGUUCAGGAACUUUAGAAGCUCCAAGUAAUUUGAAUAAAAGUCCCUUGAAAACAAAGGUUUACGAAAAGUUGAGUCAAGUGCUUUCUAGUGUUCGGGAACCGUGUCAUGGCUUUUCAAGUUUCUCCUCUUGGAACGGCUACUGGUUGAACCUUCGACAAAAGCCGUUGCAUGUUUCCAAAGAAUUUGUACAAAACCUUGUAUCACAGUUGAAAGAAGGACCCAAAUCCGAGUGUUUUGUUCAGUUGCUUGUUCAGAUUGUUGCCCAACGAUGCUUUACGGACAUCAACAAAGGAGUAACGUUGCUACAAGUGAUUCUGGAAAGAGAAGUUUUCAAAGAUUACAUUCAAAUAGUGAACUUUUUCUAUAAUAUUAACGUAUAUUGUCAUUUUUUAUGGUUCCUAGCUAGCUUUGAAUCAGAAGGCUUCCAUAAAAGUUCUUCCUUACCCUGGUCCACCUUGUUUGAAUGGUUGGAGGAGAGCGUGUUUCGCUCCACUUCCUUUGGAGGUGUUCAAGGAGAGCAAGAACAGAAACAAGAACAUUCAACUACCGAUUUUCAAAUAGUUCUGGAGGAAAUAUUUGCAAUAUUUUGUUCGUUUUCUAAAGUGAGAUUUGAAAAGUCUGAUCUUCUAAUAGAUAGGGAAGCAGCCUUGCGAUGUGUUUUAACCUUUAUCAUUGACCCAAAUGGCAACAUGAGACGUGAACUUGUAAGAAAAAUGGAAAUCUUUGUUUGGUUGGAAUGCGUUAAAUGCUCUGUAUAUCUUUCAACCGAUUUGGAAGCCCUUACAUGUUUUAUUUUAUGCAUACGGUUGUCCGAAGAGAUGGAACCUGAGUUUGUUAGAGAUUAUCUAUCGAUGGAUUUUAAGAUUGAUGUGUCACAGGUCGAAUCAAUUGGAGGUGAACGCACCAUCAUAGAAUUGUUUACUUUGGUACAUUCUUUCAAAGCUCGUCGCUUGCUAUUUUCUAUUAUUUUGCAUAUUUUAUCAAAUAGGCUUAGUCUGUCAUCAAAAGGAUCAUCUCUAUAUCAAGUCGGAAUGAAGAAUAUUCCUCAAAGCCUGCAAGAAUUUGUUUUUGUCUUGCAGAGCCGAUUGGCAGCUGAAGCAUUCCCUUAUGUAUUUAGAAGAUGUCCGCGCAACUUUGCAUUUGAUGUGCUCCGACAUGUCUUUAUUGAUUCCAUAUUGUUCGAUGAUGAAUCUCCUGAAGCAAAAGAGAAAGUAGACAAACCUUUUGUUGUAGAGUUCUUCUUAGAGUUGGAACGGACAGCAAUAGAAUAUCAAGGAGUUCAUGUGACUCCAGAUGACGAGAGUAUUGCCGAAGUAGAAAACGAGUUUUGGGUCACUAAUCCCGUUCCAUCAGCUAUUGCAGUGCCCUUUGAAAUGCCUUAUGAAAUAAUACAAAGACUGCUUCUAUCUUCUUCCCCUUGGGAUGCAAGGUUUGGAGAACGACACCUUGCUGAUGUAAUAGCCUAUUCUUUGAAUGCUGGACGUGAUCCUACCGCAACAGUCAUUCUAUAUAAAAGUUGGUUAUCAAAGGCAAAUCAUCGAGAGAUGCAACAGUUAUUAGAUUCGUUGGCGCAUAUUUUUCAGCAUCUCUUUAUUUUGUUCCGGGAAAUGGGAAAAGAGUCGAAACUAAGUCGUUGUAUGAACCUGUCGCUGGAUUGGUUUGUGAUUUUGGGGAAUUGUUGUGCUGAAACCAGUGGUAUUGUUUCAUCCAUACUCAAUUUCUUUGAUUCUUUUCUGGACUUGUUAGUUGACUGGCGGCAGCUAAGUCGAAACGAUAUUGGCAUUUUCAAAAGUUGCGAUAGUGUUGCUGAACUUGUAUGUCUCGGGCAUGUAACUUUGCGUCCAGAUUGUAUCUCAUCACUUUCUUUAAAGUCCUUGUCUCCCUUUGCACAACUACUACAAAGUAUUUCACAAAACAUUCAUUUAAGAGGUGAGGUGCAGAAAGCUACUCAUCGUCAUGUAGAAUGGAAGAUGUGGAAGCUUGUAAGGCUAAGUUUACUGUUAUUGCUACAUCUGAGAGGAAUGCCGAUUGAAGGUUAUUUGCAGGACUCGGAUCCAAUCAUUCGGAAGAUGUCAAGCUUUAUACUUACCGAAUUUCCCAAUUCUGUGCUUUUGGAGCGUUCUCCUUCUCAAUUGAUAGAGCUGAUAUCCCAAACCACAGAAAGUUGAUAUUUAAGGAAGCGAUAUAAUAAAAGUGGAUAGUCUUUU